AUGGUUGGAAUUACGGAACAAACUGCUAUCCUCGCCAAAUACUUGGACUUGGAUCAAAGAGGUAAGGUCCUCGCCGAAUACGUCUGGAUUGACGCUGAGGGUAACACCCGUUCUAAGUGCAGAACCCUUGCUAAGAAGCCAACUGCCGUUGAGGACUUGCCUGAAUGGAACUUCGACGGUUCUUCCACUGGCCAGGCGCCAGGCCACGACUCCGACGUUUACCUUCGUCCUGUUGCCUUCUACCAAGAUCCUUUCAGAAAGGGUGACAACGUCAUUGUUUUGACCGAGUGUUGGAACAACGACGGUACUCCAAACAAGUUCAACCACAGACACGAGUGUGCCAAGUUGAUGGCUGCUCACUCUGACGAGGUUGUCUGGUUCGGUUUGGAGCAAGAGUACACCUUGUUCGACCAAUACGACAACGUUUACGCUUGGCCACAGGGUGGUUUCCCAGCUCCUCAGGGUCCAUACUACUGUGGUGUCGGUACCGGUAAGGUCUACGCCAGAGAUGUCAUCGAGGCUCACUACAGAGCUUGUUUGUACGCUGGCGUCGCCAUUUCUGGUAUCAACGCUGAGGUUAUGCCUUCUCAAUGGGAGUUCCAAGUUGGUCCAUGUGAGGGUAUUGCCAUGGGUGACGAGUUGUGGAUGGCUCGUUAUCUUUUGCAAAGAGUGGCCGAGGAGUUCGCUGUCAAGAUCUCUUUCCACCCUAAGCCAUUGAAGGGCGACUGGAACGGUGCUGGCUGCCACACCAACGUCUCGACCAAGAACAUGAGAGAGGCUGGUGGUAUGAAAUACAUCGAGGACGCUUUGUCCAAGCUUGCAAAGAGACACAAGGAGCACUUGGCUUUGUAUGGUGCUGACAACGACAUGAGAUUGACUGGUCGUCACGAGACUGCCUCCAUGGACGCCUUCUCUUCUGGUGUUGCCAACAGAGGUGCUUCUGUCAGAAUCCCAAGAUCCGUUGCCAAGGAGGGUUUCGGUUACUUCGAGGACAGAAGACCUGCUUCUAACAUCGACCCAUACUUGGUCACCGGUAUCAUGGUUGAGACCAUUUGUGGUGCUAUUCCAGAUGCUGACAUGUGCAAGGAGUUUGCCAGAGAGACCGAGUAA